CACCAUGGUCGAGUGGACAGAUGCUGAGCGCAGCGCCAUCACCAGCCUGUGGGGAAAGAUUGAUGUGGGUGAGAUUGGACCCCAGGCCCUUUCCAGGCUUUUGGUUGUGUACCCCUGGACACAGAGGCACUUUGGAUCAUUCGGAAACCUCUCCACCUAUGCUGCCAUUACCGGAAACCCCAAAGUGGCCGCUCAUGGAAAAGUAGUGAUGGGUGGACUGGAAACCGCCGUGAAGAACCUGGACAACAUCAAGAACGCCUACGCCAAGCUGAGCGUGAUGCACUCCGAGAAGAUCCAUGUGGACCCCGACAACUUCAGGGCUCUUGCUGAAUGCAUCACUGUGUGCGUGGCCGCCAAGUUUGGCCCCAGCGUCUUCACCGCUGGAGCUCAGGAGGCCUGGCAGAAGUUCCUGGCUGUGGUUGUCUCCGCCCUGGGCAGACAGUACCACUAA